GCAAAGAAUCCAGAUUGUGGGUGCUAGUACUGAAGGCUUGGCAGAAACAGCAAAAUUAAUCAGAAUUUGUGGUGAAAGGCUACGUCUGUCCGUUUUCUUUUGCAGUUAUGAAUCACGUGGAAGAAAUGCUCAUUUACUUCAAUGCACGGGUCUGCCUUUGAAUUGAUGAAUUAAAUCAGGUCCUCCAGGGCCCGUUUAUCGAGAACAUUUUCUUUCUUUUUUAGUGCCCCGUAACCUUUGAGGAGGUGGCCGUGUAUUUCACUGAAGGGGAGUGGGCGCUGCUGGAUUGCUACCAAAAGGCCCUGCAUGGGGAAGUCAUGCUGGAGAACUCAAGGAACAUGGCCUCUUUGGGGCUGACAUUGAUCUUGCAAGUCUGAAAGAAUGCAUGGAAUGCAGAAAGAUUUUCAAUAAAAACAGUUCCCAUAAAACAAUCCACACAGGGGAAAAACCAUAUAAAUGCAUGGAAUGUGGCAAGUCCUUCCAGAGAAAUUAUCGCCUUACUUACCAUAAAAGGAUCCACACGGGUGAGAAACCGUAUCAAUGCAUGGAGUGUGGAAAAAGCUUAAGAACGAGCAGUGAACUUACUUCUCAUAAAAGGCUCCACACGGGUGAGAAGCCAUAUCGAUGCAUGGAGUGUGGAAAAAGCUUCAGAACGAGCAGUGCACUUUCUUCUCAUAAAAGGCUCCACACGGGGGAGAAGCCAUAUCGAUGCAUGGAGUGUGGAAAGAGCUUCAGAACGAGCAGCGAGCUUACUUCUCAUAAAAGGCUCCACACAAAGGAGAAACCAUAUAAAUGUAUGAAGUGUGGAAAAAGCUUCACUAUGAGCAGUUCCCUUACUUCCCACAAAAGGAUCCACACAGGGGAGAAACCAUAUAAAUGCAUGGAGUGUAGAAAGAGCUUUACUCAGAUCAGCCAACUUACUUAUCAUAGCAGGAUCCAUACCGGGGAGAAACCAUAUAAAUGCAUGGAGUGUGGAAAGAGCUUUAGAAUUAGGAGUGAUCUUACUUCCCAUAAAAGGAUCCACACAGGGGAGAAACCAUAUAAAUGUAUGGAGUGUGGAAAGAGCUUUAGAAUUAGGAAUGAUUUUAUUUCCCAUAAAAGGAUUCACACAGGAGAAAAACCAUUUAAAUGCAUGGAGUGUGGAAAGAGCUUUAGAAUGAGACGUGAUCUUACUUUCCAUAAAAGGAUCCACACAGGGGAGAAACCAUUUAAAUGCAUGGAGUGUGGAAAGAGCUUUAGGAUGAGGCGUGGUCUUACUUUCCAUAAAAGGAUCCACACUGGUGAGAAACCACAUAAGUGCAUGGAGUGUGGAAAGAGCUUUAGAAUGAGGGGUGAACUUACUUCCCAUAAAAGGAUCCACACAGGAGAGAAGCCAUAUCAGUGUAGGGAGUGUGGAAAGAGCUUCAGUAAGAGUGGUGGUCUUAUUUCCCAUAGAAGGAUCCACACAGGGGAGAAACCAUUUAAAUGCAUGGAAUGUGGAAAGGUCUUUAGAAUUAGCACUAGUCUUACUUAUCAUAAAAGGAUCCACACAGGGGAGGAACCAUAUACAUGCAUGGAGUGUGGAAAAUCUUUCAGAAGAAGGGAUAGUUUUACUCGCCAUACAAAGAUGCACAUGGGGGGCAAACCAUAAAAAUUAAUGGAGUGUAGAAAGGGCUUCAGUAUGAGCAGUUUCCUUAGUUUCUGUGAAAGGAUCUGCAUGGGGGAGAAGCCUUUGAAAUGCAUGGAGUUUCAAAAAUUUUGACACAGUCAUGGAUAUGCAGAAAUAUUAUUCUAGGAGGUGAUGGACAAGAAAAUAGGCCUGGGAAGGUUGAAGAAGCAGAAGAGAAAGAAUCGGGUGGAUGGAUGUUAAAGUAGCUUAAAGGAAACUCCUUGGAGCAGCUAUGACUUAGUACCUAGAGAACUAUUGCAAUGGUCAAUGUUUCUUCAUGCGUCCAUCAUGUAUAAACCAGUUCUAAAGGUUGUUUAGCAGUGGUUGCUUCCCAUGGAGGAGGUUUUCAGGGGUGCUGCGGAAUGCAUUUUUGGCCCUGGUGAUGUAUUAUUUUUAUUAGUGUCAUGGAUGACAAAGUGAGAGGCUUCGGAGAUAGUGUUGCAAAACUUCAUUCAACACUGUUUUUAUAUGGAUGCAAAUAUCUUCAAAAUAACCAAAGUCAUUUAAUAAGUUUAGGCUUCCCACAAUACGGCAAACUUGUUCCAUUCCUGGCUAGGGUUUUUUAAAAAAGGGUUCCUGCAAGUUUGGAGUUCCUUUUUGCUUUUUAAAAAUUAUUAUUAUUCUUUUUUUCUCCUUCUGUGUUGUUUAUUCUUCACUGAGAGCGAAAGUUCUCUUCCUGAUUUUUUGUGGGUUUUUUUUUUUCUCUUCCAUCCCUAAGGUUAGAAGACUCUUGAAAUUUGUAACAUUGAACUUCAGGUGAUGUAGCUUUGUUUCCGCUUCUCCUUGAGCCAGUUGCGUUCCUCUUAUAAUGGUUGCUUUUCCUGCUGCUGGUUCAUGUGCAUACUCCCAUACUUGGUGGUGAUCUCUCUGUGUCUCUUUUCAAGGAAUCCCUCUUUUCCCCCUCCUUCCUGACCUGUUCAUUCUUCCUUCAUAUAUUUGUUUUGGUAUUUUGAGUCUUAUUACCACUUGGUUAGCCCAGGGUAGAGAUGCAUCAUUGAGUAUCAUCACCAUACUGAUGAUACCUAGCCCCAUGCCAGUGGAUAACCAUCCACAGGCUUCAUAUAAAUGUUAAUAAGAGCAUGGGGAGGAACAGAGCCCUGAGGAGCAUCACAAAGGAAGAGUCUUAGAUGAGACCUCUCCCCUCCUAUCAACACCGACUGGAAGUGGUCAUGGAGGAACGAAGAGAACCACCACAGCACAGUGGCCCCACUCCCAACCUGUCCAGAAGAAUACAUUGAUUGAUAGUAUUGAAAACCUCUGAGAGAGCAAGGAGAGCGAGGGUGGCUGCACCACCCCCAUACUGCCCCCUACAGGUCAUCCACAAGUGUAAUCAAUGCUGUUUGGUCCCAUACCCACACCUGAAACCCCACUGGAACAUCCCAAAGGCUUUACUCUAGCUAUGUCAUAAAUACUAUUAGCACUUGGAAAGGUCCUCAGCUCUUCCUCCGUAUCAUGUUGAGUGUCAUCCCACCUGAAGGGCCCAUCAUCUGACACUAUAUUAUCAGUCCCUUUAUAUUGUCUACCCAUGUGCUUUCUUAGUAAAAUACAGGAGCAGUUUACCACUGUCUUCUUUCACGCAGUAUGAAAUGACGCCUUUGCCAUUGUCACAAAAAUGAUAAUCCACCUCCAGCAUCUUCCUGUAUCACUGCUGCCCAAUAUAGGUGCUUGCUUGCUUUAACUAGGCAGCAGGAUGACCCUCACCCCUUGGCUGACCCCGCUGGGAUUAUAUGCCUGCUGUUCUUUGCUCAUUCCUCCCAGGAACAGCCCCCACCCCCAGGAUCAGGCAGCAGAGCAGGGCUUUUGGGGUAUCCUCACAUAGCCAAAAAGAACACCCUCAUAUUUGUUAGCUAUUUAUCCAUAAAUACAUUAAACAAUCAAAAGCACAUAUUUUCUCUUUCUUUGGUUAAAAAACAGAGCUAUUGAACAAUAACAAGAAUUAGCACAAUAGAAAAAUAGCUUCUGUUCUGAGGUACAAAAAUCUGUACUUGCUUACACAAUGAUAAUUUUUUUCAUAAGGGCUUCUGAGGUCACUUUCAUUUUCUUCUGAUUUGUCAUCCUACCUACUUUACUCUUACACUGUCUCAGGGCCUUUUCCCACUGCUGAUUUGAUGCUACCUGCCUUUCCUUAAGUGGUAGAAAAUGAGGCUGAUGUGAAACUGGCUGUCACUGGACUUUGGAUGACUUUCAGCAAAUUAAAGGAUGGCAAGCCUAGCAGAGUUCAUCUUCAGGCUGCCUUUGGAUGGGUUUGAAUAAGGGGGUGGACAUGAUCUUAGCAUGGCUCCAUCAAGAGACAAGUGAAACCUGCCUUGCUCAUAGGCUGGGGGAAGAUGAAAGCAAUGACAUGGGAACCCAGAACAAACAGGUUGCCAGGGCUUGUUUUUACCAUGGUUAGGUACAAGUACAGAAAAGUCCAUUGAUUAGUUAAACCUGACUUAAAUCUGCUUCCUAGAUAGUCUCUUGAGGUCGAUCAUCUCCCCAAGGGCUGCUGUUUAAUGAAAGAUACAUGCUCACAGUCGUGAGAGUAAAUUUUGCCCAGUACAGGAAGAAAGAUACAAUUCCAACAAUAUCUGACUGGGAACUUAAACUUUGACAGUAUGCAGCAAUGGCAAAAUUAACAAUAUAUAUUCCCAAUGGAAGUUUAACCAUAUUUAAGCAAGAAAGGUUCCAAUGUAUACAAUAUAUCACACAGCACAACAAAUACAAACAUUUAUAGUUUGGCUUCUGGUGGGGGGCAAAUGUUUAUAAAUAUUGUAAAUUAGCAGAAGCUCAAAAAGGAAGAAGUUAGAAACCAAAUAUCCUUUCUCUUAUUUUCCCCUUUUUCCUUUGUAUUUUAAUCCUUCUCAUAUGUGCUUUGUUUAUCCUUUCCUCUUUUUUUUUUCCAACAUAAAUAAUAUUAAGUAACAAUACAGUGGAGAUGCCUUUAUUGUACAACAAAUACACUGAUGCUGCAAUGGAUUUUUUAAUGCUAUAUUUGAUUUUGGAUGAAAAACCUAAAUAAUCUUAUGCUCAUUAACCUUGACAUUUUAAAUCAUAAUUAAUAGUGAUAUAAUCUCUCUCUUUUUAUCAUCAAUGGUCUAAAUUAUCAAAACAUUUGAGUGUUAAUAAUCUUUAGUCAAUUCUGUACAAAUACCACUGUGUCAAAAUAAUACAAUGUAUUAUGUAUGUUUGUAUGUUUCACAAUGUAAUAAAUAAAUAAAUAGAAUAGGAAACACAGCUCCAACACUAACUGUCCUCUUAUCCCAUUGUGUUUUAUUGACUGUCAAAUGUAAUAUCAGAAAUUAUUUGUACCACCUAAACAUAGAACCACUAACAGCUCACUAUUUUGGAAGAAGAAAAUCAGUGGUCAUUUUGUAGGUGAACUUGCCCUCCUCUAUUGUUUUGCAUCAUCUGCAUAUCAUUGCUUCUGACUAUGAGAAAUUGUAGCAACAUUUGCUAUUUUCAAAUUCAGAAGAUGCUCAUACAACUCACAGACAUUAUGAAGGCUGACUCUUUGAUUAAUCAUGAAGAUAUCAGCUUUCUUCCCCACCUCCAUCCAUAACUGAAAGAUUUCAGUGUGUUUUUAAGCUUCCAAAAGCACUUGCAAUCACAUUUCUUCAGCAAUUAAAAAAGUUUGAAAAUCUUCAAUUU